UCUCAUCAAGUCCACCUUUAUCUUUUUCAUCUUGUGUUUUUUCUUUGCUUUUCUGUCUGCUUAAAGCCUGACUCUUCAAAAAGUCUUUCCCUGUGUAACCUGGUCAUGGAGGAAACCCCAAACAGUGGGUCGUCAGAAGAUAUUAACAGAUCUCAAACUAAUCUAGGUUCACUCAGCUGGGGCCUAGAUGUUAGCACACCCAGUGUCAGCCAGGAAAUUACUGCAGGCGGUUCUUUGCUUUUCCAUGAGGCAGAGCAAACCUCAAGCGAAUCCAUGGGUACUCUGCCUGCUAGUGUUUGGCCUGCAGUAGGUGAGCAGGAGGAUGCUGCACCAGGGUCAGCUUCUGUAAACGAAAACCAGAGGACUUCACUGGAGGACCAGUUGGAUGCCAAAAAUGUCCUGUGGGAAGAUGUGGUGACCAAUCAGCCUUUAGAGAACAUAACCAGUUUUGAGACACCUAUCCUGGGAACUGAUAGCUUGUUGGAUGAACCCCUCCCAUGUGAUGUGCAAAAGGCAGAGGAAGAGCAUGAGGAAGACGAGUGGGCAGGUGUCAAGCCAAGUGAAAAGGUAGAGACCGGAGCUAACUACAAGGAGGUAGAAGGUACAGAGGAACUGGAAGAGCAGGGUUGUGAAACCAAAGGAAACAGGGAGGCAGAACUUUAUAAGGGUUUAGCAAAAUCAGAUCUUGAAAUUUUAGUCAGCACAGAGGUAGAAAAUUUACAUGCACUUGAAGAUAAUGAUGAGGAUACUGGGAGAGCUAGUGGUGCUAACCUAGAAAACCCUAGAGAAGAAGAAUUCAAACAGGUCAAUGUCACUGAGGAGGCAGAUGGAGAAAUACCAUUGUUGAGCACAGGGCUGGAAAGCGGGGACAAAAUAGUAGUGUACAACUGUAAAACUAUAGAAAGCACUGGCACUGAACCUGAGAGAAUCCUUGGUAUCUGGGAUCAGGACCAUGAAAGAACAUCUGAGGAUGCCUUAGACCAAACUGACAGUGGUGCUGGAGAGAAUACAUCCAUAGAGUGUAUAAACAUGAGGACAUGUGUUGACCUACAGAUAACUGACGACACAGGAAAGUACUCUACAGAUACUGUGACCAAUCUGUGUCAUGCUGAAUUAUUCAGUGCAGAAGAGUCUGGUAAAGGAACUGAAGACAAUAGCAUCAUCCACCUCCCAAAUGGUAGUACUGGUACUGAAGGUCAAGCUGAUGCUGACAUGCCCAAAUGUCUUGGGCACUGCAGCCCCAAGACAGCCGAUGCUGCUAACACAGGCUGUGGUAAUCCUUGCCUGGAUAAUGCAGAAGACCAAGUGACAGAUAGCCAAGCCAAUGGACUGGAUAAUUGGCCCUUUUUCCCCAAACAGCAGACUCAGAGGAAGGUAACAUGGAAAAUAUUUGGUUGGGCAUUAGUAAUAAAUGGUCUACCAAGACUUAGGAGGUAUUGAUAACAGCUGGGGAGAAAUAGGUGCAGCACAGGCAAUAAAUUCAGGAGACACCAGUAAAACAAGGUCAUCCUGGGGAGCAGGCAGGCAUUAACAAUCCUGGACUGAGCAAGGAGAUAGCUAGACCCUUGGCUCUGUUUCAAUGGGAAUUCCAGAAUGCUAGCACCGAGAGUUCAACUAGUCCUAAAGACAAUGAGACCAACAACUCAGAUUUAUCUGAAGAUGAAAUUGCUAACCGAGAUAUGGAUGUUGUACCAGAAAUUGAGGCUGAUAAAGAAGAGGUACCUACCCCAGUGUGUAGCCUAGUCUAGACAAAGAGUUCCUUAGGCCAUGCAUAACCGUGUCAUUUAAAAACAUUCCAUUUGUGUGUUUCCCACCUGCCCUUCCUAAGCCUGUGCUAUUCUUUUUUUGAAAAAUUGCCAUGCAACUGUUCAUAGUGUGGUACCCUUCAGCCAUGUAAUGAAGCAGGCUGACAAAAAUGCAUUUCAAAAUGGUGAAUGAAGCUUUGAUUGUGAAGGCACAUUGUGGUCUCGCAGCUUUGUGUUUUACUCGUAUAUCUUUAAAUGCACCUAGUCUUUUUUUUUUAUUGUUUUGUAAAAAUGCUUAAGUUACUCUGCUUUUUCUCUUUAUUUUUGUUGUUUUAUUUAAACCUGUUAUGCCUGUUGUAAAAUAGCACGGUUGACAAAUUUCUUGCUGCUAUACCCUUUUUUUUUUAUGUUUGGCCUACAUUUUAUUUUGCAAAUAAAAAUGUUUUGAUU